UCUACCUGAGACACAGAAAGCCUCCUCUUACAUCCAGUCUUUCUCUGGAUGGAAUUUUGGAACUAGGAUUUCUUGGAAGAAACUUGGUGGAUACACAGCUUAAUAAUCACAUGGAUUAAUUGUUUUGUUUUUCCCCCAAUCUGGAUUACUUUAUUUCAUAAACUUAUCUUGAACUUAAUGUUGUUCUGAAGUUGCAAGAAUUUCCUGGAAAGUUGGUGCAGUGGCUCUGCACUGAUGGACGCGCGAAGCUGCAGCAUUUAAAAAGGACUGCAUGCGAGACGCGCGUCCGUGUCGUGUCCAAGAUGCACGCUCUCCGCGGAGGCUCGCGCUACCUGCGCGCUGGAUUCUUGGCGCUCGUGCUGUUUCUGCUGGAGGCACGGUGCGGGAGCAGCGCGUGCCCUGCGCCGUGCGUGUGCCACGUUCCCACUGAGGUGCACUGCACGUUUAGGUCGCUGAGCAUGAUGCCCAGCGCGGUUCAGCCAGAUGUGAAAAGAAUUAACCUGGGCUACAACAGUCUAACAAUCCUAAAGGAACACGAACUGUCAGGUCUGAAAAGCUUGGAGUUGUUAAUGCUGCACAGUAACACCAUCCAAACGAUUGAGGACCGGGCGUUCAGCGACCUUAAGGCUCUGCAGGUAUUAAAAAUGAGUUACAAUAGAAUCAAAGAGCUGCGCAAAGAUACAUUUCAAGGCCUGGAGAAUUUGUUGCGUCUCUAUAUGGACCACAAUACCAUCGAAUUCAUCCAUCCAGAAGCUUUCUACGGUCUCACCUCGCUACAGUUAGUCAACCUCGAAGGCAACAUACUCCAGCAGCUUCAUCCAGAUACGUUUAUAACUCUGAGAUACAACCAGAUAUUCAAAUAUUCAUCUAUCAAGACGAUAUAUCUCUCAGAGAAUGCACUGACCACUCUACCUGCUACAGUGUUCACUGGUUGCUACCAGCUAGAGAAUCUCUUUCUCAGUGGAAACCCUUGGUCAUGUGAUUGUCGAAUGGACUGGCUUGCAGCAUGGAUGGAAAGGAAUCCAGGUGUCCUGAAAUGCAAAAGAGACAGAAAGCUUUUUGUAGAACAGGUGUGCCCCAUGUGUGCCUCGCCACUUACCUCCAGAGGCAGUAAUAUUAUUUAUCUGUCAAGUCAAGCCUACACAUGUUCUAAGCCAUGGAUUCAUUCCCAUUUGAAACAGAGAAAUAUCACAAUGGAGGAGAACAGCUACACCCCAGUUCUUCCCAAAGACUUUAUAGCUCCAAUAGGGAUGAUGGAAAUGAAAAUCACAGACCAGUUUAACAAUAAUGCCAGCGUCACCUGUGUUGUACAGAGGCCAGGGGGUUUGGACAACUUGAAUGUAACCAAAGGAGUAAUAGGUGACGAUGUUACAACACUGAGUGCAACUGUGUCUACGUCGCUUGUUUGUAAUAUUGAUUAUGAUCACAUUCAUCAGCUUUGGGGCAUCUUGGCCUCUUACAGUGAUUCCCCAAUGAGACUUGAGAGGGAGUUACUUCUCACUAUGUCACCAGAAAUGAUCUACAACUACAAGCAAGCAAGAACGUCUGAUCCUGAGCUGAAUGAAAUUUUCACAGAGAUUGAGGCAGAAAUUAAGGCAAAUCCUGCAUGGUUACUUCAGGGUACCAUUAACCUACAGCUGGACCUUACUACCACCACGUAUUCAACACUCCAUGUAAAGUAUUUCUCCAAUAUUGAAAUAAAUAUUGAAAGCAAUAAAGUGAGGAGAGACCGAUUCAGCUGGACAAUGAUCAAAAAGGAUAACCAGACCAAGACAGAGUUUUCAGUACUUUCUGGUGGCGUGGCUGAACUGAACUGUGAGACUUAUGGUGAUCCCAAACCCUCCAUAGAGUGGAUAUUACCAGAUGGAAUAAAGGUGCGUGCACCAUAUAGCAGUGAGGACCGGAGGAUAGUUAUAUUAGACAACGGGAAGCUUACGUUACGAGCAGCAGAUAGCUCAGAUUCCGGUAUUUACCACUGCAUUGCCACUAAUUAUCUAGACGCAGAUGUACUUUCUUUUAGGGUUACUGUACUGUCCCCAGAUGUAGAGGAGGAGGAGGCCAACGGUGUUCAGCAUUCCCGAACAUUGGGAGGGAGCUUAGUUCUUGACUGUGAAACAAAUGGUACUCCACAAGCCUCUAUUCAAUGGAUACUACCAGACCACACAGUUGUGGACCGGCCUUUUGGAAACAAGAAACUCUACCCAAAUGGUACUUUAGCAGUACAUCCACUGACUGAGAGAGACAGGGGUUUUUACAGAUGCCUAGCUGCUAACCUUCUUGGGGUGGAUUUAUUAGCCUCCCUAGUAACUGUUUCUGAUGAUCGAUCAAAAGUUGUUCCACUGACCAACAUAGAUGGCUCUGGUGAUGAUGUAGAGGAAAGUACAGAAAAUAGCCAAAUACUUUACAGUGAAGGGUUUUCUAGUAGAAUUAACCAGGAAUCGAGGACAAUUACUUCAGAUAGACCAUACCCCAGGCUCCGGCCCUCACUUCGCCAUGGAGUAACAAAUAGAAGGGGAGGUAACAGACACACUGGCUGGUCUAGAAGGGUGUUUGACAAAGCAUACAGGAGAGUAGACCCUGAGAGAUUAGCAGAUUAUAUCAAGAGAACUCAAAACAAAAAAUCAGGGAAAGAUGGAAGUAUAAACCUAUCAGAUAAAUCCCAAGCUAAUGUUGAUCUUUCUGUUGAUGAUGAGACGGGUUCAGGAAAUGCUGUGUUUGAAGAUGAGGUUUCCUUGCCAGAUCAAGCAAUAUCAAGUACAGAAAAUCCAGAAAAUACUGAUGGUAGUUUUAUGACCACAUAUCACCUGCUAGAACAUGAUCAAAAUAAGGCUACUGAAAUCACAGAGGUACUAAGUGAUGAUUUAAGCAAUGUUAGAGCAACAACAGAAAACAUGAGAACAAUCACAACAGGUUCCUACUCUUACACAGAUGCCAGCCCAAUGGUGCCAAGUGUUACUCUUAGCAAUUAUGAAUUUCAAAAUGAUGAGACAACACCUUUAAUAACCACCCAAGAUUAUGAAGUUGGUCCUAGUAGCAGCAAAGCCUACAUUUCUGAAAGAAGCACAAAUAAACCUCUGCAACCAUUUACCAUGAAAUUUACAGUUACUGAGACCAUGGAUGAAACAGAACUGCAGUUUUCUGGUGAUAUGCCAGAGACUGUAACUGAGGUAUUGCCAAAUAUCAAAUUACAGGGCCCUAAUGUGACGCCAGUGCUGGAUCGACCAACACAAAGGGUAAACCCAGUAGUACACACGUCUACAGACCCUGAGAGUCAAACCACUUUUACAGCAAUCACUACGACAGAAAGAGAACAAGAUGAGAUCACGUUUCAUACUACUCAAAAAAUCAAGUCUCCGCAUCUGCCUCCUGGAUCUACCAUCAUCUCCCACCAGCAAAUCCAAAUUAUUCCUCCUAAUAAAAAGCGACCAGGAAAGAGACGGAAUUUUUUCAGCAGGCGCAGAAUUAUUCGUCCGAACAAGAUUACAGAUAUACAGUCCUUACUAGAUAAGCUCAAAAGACCAUCUGUAGAGUAUGAGAUUAACUCCACUGUUCCAUACACAGUGGAACUGACCACAAAUUUGGAUAACGUGAAAGGUAGAAUGCCAACUCUAAAAACCAACACAGAAGAUUCAGCUGUCACAUCUCAAGUGCUGACCUCUUCUGUGGGAAAAAUGGAAAAACUCAUUACAACAACCCUGAGUACCCCGUUUAUUACUUCAUCAACGAUACCCCCAAAGUCCACUACAUUUAUAAGUGCAGGACAAUCGAAGUCAGAUAGUUACACCGAAUAUAUUCAAUCUACAAAUGUCCAUGAGCAAAAACCUACAAAAGAUCCAAAGAAAGACGUUUCAACCGCUGUUGCAACUACAACGACAACUAAGGCUUCUAAAGUCAUACAGGGAAAGAUACCAUGGCACAGAUUCUUUGGAAGCAAACAGGGUCAGCGAGAAAUUCUCAAGAGACUAAGAAAACCAUCUAAACCAUCAAUAAUAAUAAAGAGCACAACGGUCAGAACCAUGACCACAACUGCACCAUCAAGGGUUUUAACUGCCCUACCUACAGCUGAGUCAAUGCCAGCACCAAUGGCUGCCAUACCUCCCGUUACACAAGGAAAUCAAGGCAAUUUGGGCAUAUCCCCUCAUAACAAAACAAGUUUGUCAAAAUUUGCAGAAUCACAGAAUUCUUAUAAAGUCAUCACUUUAUUUACAACUGCCAGUCCAUCUAGCAAGUAUCACAAACCAACAGCUAUGUACAAGCCAGUAUCUACACCUACGUAUGGAUCCAGGGUAUUUACAGCUACAGCUCACAUUGCACCAAUUCCACCAUCCCUAACAAAGAAAACAUACAAGGAAGAUACAGCUGAGUUCUCAGGGUCUUACUCUGGAGGGUCUGGGGGAUUUGCUGGUACAUCUUCACAAAUCCGAAAGCCAAAUUCCCACAGACGACGUUUCAGAGGAAGACGGCCACUUAAAAAAUAUACCACACUAUCUCCAACAACCAAAUCUGCUACAUUUGAAACCACCACUCAACAACCAACCUCAAAACUAACCAAGCCCUUGUAUAUACCUACGACAGAGGUUGCAAAAUCCACUAUUCACACAUCAUCUGACAUAAUAGAUUUUGACAAUGAAGAGUGGAGAACCAAAUCCAAACCAACCACUUUCCCAAAAACUCAUUCUAUUACAGGUGAACUUUCACCUACAGCAAGCUUUUCUUAUACAACUAAUACAGCAAUGCCUUACAUCACCCAGAAGUCAAAAAAACAGAAAUCCAAAGCAAGAAUGAACUCAAAUAAAAGAAUCCCAUCACAAAGAGGUGGGGGAAGGUAUCAAACUCAGAGACCUAUGAACAAAAACCAAGACCUUCUGGAACAACAAACAACUGCUUUGCCAGACACUAAAAGAGAUGGAUCUAAAAAGAGGACUAGUACUGAGAGGACACUUAUCUUUGAUGCAGUAACUGUUGUGACAGCAGAAGAAAACAAUAAGCUUACUUCAUUUCCAUCCAGCAAAAAUAUCUCUAAACAAAUUCCAAAUACUUAUGAUCACACCACUGUGUAUGACACUAUAUCAUCAACUACCAAUGCAUUUGAAUCAUCUACAAAUGAUAUAACAUCUAAGCCAAGAAUCAUUGGUGGACAUGCAGCCAGUUUUACAGUUGAAUCAAACUCUGAUGCUUUCCUUCCUUGUGAGGUUUCAGGUAACCCUGAACCUAGCAUCAGCUGGAAACGAUUCUCCCCAUAUACAGGGACUACAUUGACCAUUAAAGGAAAAAUGGGUAAAUUUGAGGUGUUCGGGAAUGGAACAUUGUUGAUCCAGAAUGCAAAUGUCAAAGACCAAGGACAAUACAUUUGUCUGGCUGAGAAUACUUAUGGGUCUGACAAACUCACUGUCAUGCUGUCAGUGGUGGCUUAUCCUUCCCAGAUAUUGGAAGCAAAGGUUCGAGAUAUCAAAGCCCAUUCUGGUGAAACAGUUGAGAUGAAAUGCAAAACAGAAGGAAGACCAGUGCCGGUUGUUUCAUGGAUUCUAGCAAACCGCACUCAAGUUAGAGGUCAAAACAAUGGUCAUGGCAGAGUAACGGUUACACGAGAAGGUACUCUGGUCAUCCAACAGGUAUCAGUAUAUGAUCGAGGACAUUAUAAGUGCAUUGCAAGUAACCCAGCUGGUAUAGAUACAGCAACCGUGCGUCUUCAGGUGGUGGCAGCUCCCCCUGACAUUUUGGAAGAAAAACGGCAGCUGGUGAAGGCUGAUGUUGGUCAGAGUGUAUGGAUGCCCUGUACAGCACAAGGAGACCCUCAACCCACAACACACUGGGUUUUGAUGGAUGGGAUAGUUGUAUUGCCACUUCACACUAGCUCCAGAGUGUACUCAUUUCCUAAUGGCACCCUUCACUUGAAAAACCUGGGUGUCUCUGACAGUGGAAAAUAUGAAUGCAUUGCAACUAGUUCCACAGGAUCUGAGCGCCGAGUGGUCACACUAUCGGUUGAAAAAAUAGAAAUUGCCCCCGAAAUUAUUGAAACAUCUGGCAGGAGGACUGAACUGGCAUAUGGCAGCCAACUUCGUCUGAACUGCACUGCAACUGGCAUUCCCAAACCCCAAAUUAUUUGGAGACUUCCAUCCAAAGCCCUUGUGGACCAGUGGCACAGAAUGGGCAGUCGUAUCCAGGUUUUGGAGAAUGGCACGCUUGUCAUUGACUCAGUUAGUGAUAAGGAUGCUGGAGACUACCUUUGUGUUGCACGCAGCAGUGCUGGAGAUGAUCUACAAUUAAUGAAAGUCUCUGUGCCCAUGAAGCCAGCUAAGAUUGAACCCAAGUUUGCUGGGAAGAAACAGGUACCAUAUGGCAAGGAACUAAAGGUAGACUGCAAGGCUUCUGGUGCCCCUGUACCAGAGAUUUCAUGGGGCUUGCCAGAUGGCACACUGGUCAACAAUGCUCUUCAAGCUGAUGGAGGAAUAAGAAGUAGAUCUAAACGUUAUAUAUUGUUUGAUAAUGGAACUCUUUACCUGAAUAGGGUGGGGAUGGAUGAAGAAGGUGACUAUACAUGUUAUGCAGAGAACACCUUAGGCAAGGAUGAAAUGCACGUUCACAUCACUGUUGUGAGUGCAGCACCUCGUAUACGCCCCUCACCCCUCACUUAUGCCAAAGUCAAGCCAGGAGGGAACAUCCGCUUUGACUGUGAGGCCAUAGGGGAACCCAAACCAAAGAUUCUGUGGAUGCUACCAUCGAGUGACAUGAUUGCUGCAUCAAAUGAACGAUAUUUGAUGCAUGUCAAUGGAUCUCUUGAUAUCCGCAAUGUAAAAUUAGCUGAUGCUGGAGAAUAUGUUUGUAUAGCUCGCAAUGCUGCAGGGGAUGAGAGCAAAGUAUACAAGUUGGAAAUGGAUGGAAAUCCACCCAUCAUCAAUGGCUAUUACCAGAACAGGACAGUUGUUAAGGAUACAGCAGUAAAAUAUUCUAGGAAGUUCAUAGACUGCAAGGUAGAAGGAGACCCUCCUCCAAAGAUCACAUGGAUAAUGCCAGACAAUAUCUUUCUUACAGCUCCUUACUACGGGAGCAGAAUUAAUGUCCACUACAAUGGGACUUUAGAAAUACGCAAUGUUAGACCUACAGAUACCGCUGAGUUUAUCUGUAUGGCAAGGAAUGAUGGGGGUGAAGCUGUCUUGGUAAUACACCUGGAGGUUACCAACCAACUUAUGAGGCCUAUCUUCAAAAACCCCUUUAAUGAGAGGUUGGUGACCCGACUAGGGAAAACUACAGUACUUAACUGUUCUGCUGAUGGAAACCCACCUCCAGAUAUGAUCUGGACUUUACCCAAUGGUACCCAGUUGAUUGGAGGGCAUAAUAUAGGAUCUCAACAUCAAGUGGGCAGUGAUGGCACAUUUAUCAUACAUAAUCCAAAUAAAGGGGAUGCAGGCAAGUAUCGCUGUGCUGCAAAGAACAAGGUGGGAUACAUUGAGAAACUAAUUAUUCUAGAUGUUGGACAAAAGCCUUACAUUCUGACACGUCCGAGAGGGGUUAUUCGCAGCAUGUCUGGAGAACCCCUGUUCCUCCACUGUUUGGCUGAUGGAAGCCCUCGUCCCAGCAUCCUUUGGACAAUGCCAGGAGGUCAUGUCUUAAGCCGUACUCAGAUCACUGGUCGCUACCAGCUAAUGGACAAUGGUACACUGGUCAUCCAUCAGACCAAUUUACACGACCGUGGGACUUACAUGUGCCGUGCAAAGAAUAAUGUAGGGGAUGCACUUCUAACUGUGCCUGUCAUCAUAGUUGCCUACAUACCCCGCAUCGCUAAUGGACCCCCACCAAACAUAAGGACAACAACAGGCACUCCAGUGCAACUAACCUGCGUUGCUGUUGGAUUACCAAAACCAGAAAUCACCUGGGAACUACCUGACCGAUCAGUUCUCUCUACAGCUGGAAAGGGACGUUCUACAGGCAGUGAGCUACUCCAUCCUUCAGGCACACUUAUUAUUCAGAAGCCAACAAGAGCUGACUCUGGUGCUUAUAAGUGCUUAGCAACUAAUCAUCUUGGAACAGUCACCCGAGUCACAUAUCUGACGGUUAUUUAAAAGAGCCAAUAAACAUAAAUCAGUCCUCUUUAAAUCUUUAAGACAGUUGUCAGACACUAAUGCUUCCAAAAAUUCCUCUGUUUAUUAAGUGCUGUUGUGGCAUAAUCCUAAAUUUAGAGAGCUAUCAGUAGUAAAUGUUUUACAUUUAUUUAACCAUAUAUCACUCUAAGAUUCACAUGGGUGCUAUACCAAGAAAGAUGGAGAAAGAUGGAUGUAUUAAAUAGACUACACCGAUCUGCUAUUUGGCAUGAACGUUGACAUGAAUUUGCAACAAGGCCCUGAAUUCUGCAGUCAAAGAAAUACUUUACAACCAAGUAGUUUUAUGUUGAAACGAUAUGUGGCACUAAUCACAAGUUCUAAUACAUGCAGAGCUGUAGGAGAUUGCUAUGUAUGAGAUUUCACUGCUUUCUAAACUUUUACUGCCCAUGUAAUAAGUAAUCUAGUGAGCAGCUGACAUCAAUCACCUAUUUUUCUUUUCAAUAUAUUUUGUAGUACAGUUUAUGUUGAUGUAAAAUAUUUGCAAGUUACAACAUUUUAAGACUGAAUUAAUAUAUUUUGAAAAAUAUCACAGUUUUUAUGUGAUUGAUAGUAUAGAUCAGUAUACACGUAUAGUGGUCUCAUUGUUAUAUUUUUACAAAAGAAACAAUAGUGUUUGUCACUAUAUAAAUGGCUUUUGAAUUCUUUUCUGAAAUACUUAUAUCUGUGUUUAAUAUUUA